UAGAGAUUCCAGGCAGCGUCCUCGGAUCUGGGCACGGGACUUCUGGGGGCGGGACAUGGGCGGGGUGUCCUCAAGGCCACGCCUCCUGAUCCAUUCUAGGGCCUGGGCAGCUAAGAUGGCGACGGCUGCUUUGGAGGCGGCUGCAGCGUACGCAGGGCGCGGGACACCAGAGUCGGGUUCUGAGUAGCGCCUUCCUCGAGCCCCUCGUGUCCCAGUCGCGGGGCGCCUUGGGGUGCGGCGGUCGCAGCCCCCGGGGCCUUCGUUGUGCCCUUCCGGCGCGCCCAUGAACUCGGUGUCGCCCGCCGCGGGGCAGUACGGGAGCGGGAGCCCAGAGGACUCGCGCCGACCCGAGGCCCGCAGGCCGCGGGGCCCCAGAGUUCCAGAUCCCAACGGCCUCAGACCCUCUGGAGCUAGUGGCCCGGCUCUUGGCUCGCCUGGGGACGCCCCCGGUGAGCCGGACGAAGUGGACAAGUUCAAGGCCAAGUUCCUGACAGCCUGGAACAAUGUGAAAUGGGGGCAUGGAAGUGCUGUUGCUAUCAAGCGAGUGCUUCAUUUCCCUGGGUACAUCUCCUCAGGUUGGGCAGUUAAAAGCCGGACCAGCUUUAGCAAGAUCUCCAGCAUUCACCUCUGUGGCCGCCGCUACCGUUUCCAGGGCGAGGGUGACAUCCAGCGAUUCCAGCGGGACUUUGUGUCUCGCCUAUGGUUCACCUAUCGCAGGGACUUCCCACCCCUCCCUGGGGGCUGCCUGACCUCAGACUGUGGCUGGGGGUGCAUGUUACGCAGUGGUCAGAUGAUGCUGGCUCAGGGACUGCUACUGCAUUUCCUGCCCAGAGACUGGACGUGGGCUGAGGGCAGAGGCCUGGGUCCCCCUGAGCUGUUGGCCUCUCCCAGCCAAUACCGUGUGCCUGCCCGCUGGAUGCCACCACGGUGGGCCCAGGGCACUCCUGAACUGGAGCAGGAACACCAGCACCGGCAGAUUGUAUCCUGGUUUGCUGACCACCCCCAGGCUCCCUUCAGCCUACACCGGCUUGUGGAGCUUGGGCAGAGCUUAGGCAAGAAAGCUGGUGACUGGUAUGGGCCAUCAGUAGUGGCACACAUCCUCAGGAAAGCUGUGGAGAGCUGCUCUGAGGUCACCCACUUGGUGGUAUAUGUUUCUCAGGACUGCACAGUGUAUAAGGCAGAUGUGGCCCGCCUGGUGGCCAGGCCAGAUCCUACAGCCGAGUGGAAGUCUGUGGUCAUCCUGGUGCCUGUGCGACUGGGUGGUGAGACUCUCAAUCCUGUGUACGUGCCCUGUGUGAAGGAGCUCCUGCGUUCGGAGCUAUGUCUGGGCAUCAUGGGUGGGAAACCGAGGCACUCACUGUACUUCAUCGGCUACCAAGAUGACUUCCUGCUCUACUUGGACCCCCACUACUGCCAGCCCACUGUGGACAUCAGCCAGGCUGACUUCCCUCUGGAGUCCUUCCACUGCACUGCACCCCGCAAGAUGGCCUUCACCAAGAUGGACCCGAGCUGUACUGUGGGCUUCUAUGCUGGAGGCAAGAAGGAGUUUGAGACACUCUGUUCAGAGUUGACCAGGGUCCUCAGCUCCUCUUCGGCCAUGGAACGUUAUCCCAUGUUCACCCUGGCUGAAGGCCAUGCUCAAGACCAUAGCCUAGAUGACCUCUGCUCUCAGUUCUCCCAGCCAACGCUGCGGAUCCCUCGCUCUGGGCGGCUCCUCAAGGCCAAACGCCCAAGCUCAGAAGACUUUGUGUUUUUAUAAAAGGAAGAAAUAGAGGAAAAGAUGCAUCACUAUUUAUUUUUUUAUUUAUGUUAUGCCAGGUGUGGGAACUUGAACUCUGGCAGUGAUGGGAUUUCCUGUUCUCAG